AUGGAGCCCACCCCCGUCCCCUCCACCGCGUCACCCGAUCCGCCGCCCCGCUCCUCGUCGCCGCGGACAGAGAGGCCCAUCCUUCCAGCCGCACCAUCACUAGCGCGGCAAGUUUUGGUCCUCGUCCUCUCGGCCGGCGGUCCAGCUGGUUCCUCGAGCCGGCGUCGCCACCACGCGGGAUUCGAGUGCCUAGCACUACCCGCGGCCGCCACCCUCCUCAGCGGGCGUAUUCGGCCUCCGCGCCCUCCUUCGCUCAGGGCUACCAGGCCCUCUAAGCAGGUUGAGAAGCUUGUAGAAAGAAUGGUUAAAUGGCUCAAAGUUGAUGGCCAUAUCUUCUUUACAGAAUCAUGCUUCCAUCAAUCUGGAGACUCAGAAAGGAAAGUGAAUCCGACACAUUAUCGUGAACCAUGGUUUUACACUAAGAUGGUGCCCUCUUCUCCAACUACGUAUAUAGGCGGCAACGACAAACGGAGCAGCACCAGAACGACCCCUCCCCCAACCUCUUUCUAGGGAAGUCGACCAUCAGCGGCAGCGACACAAUCAGUUGGAGUACAAAAAUAGUUUGCAGGAAUAUUAAUGUAAUCAGGUAAUGGCAAGAGCAUAUUGUGCAGAGGAAGAGGAUGAGAAGAAACUUGUGGUUCUCAUCCAAUCUUCAUGGAACUCUCUUUAUGUGCGAUUGUGCACUUGUUGGGUCCUUUUUUCGUGCGCUUGCACUUGUAGAAGUAUUCUGUUGUGCACAUGUAAAAUUAUUUUGAUGUGCCCUUGUUAGAAGUUGAACCUUAAUGCAUGGAGUUGGUGGAUGAUGUAUUGUAUUUGAUGUGAUAUGCUACUGAAAGGAAAUAUACAUUUUAUUUGCAAUA